AUGGCACUGAGCUUUGCUGGCAGCUCAGUGCUAAUAGCAGUAAAUCCAUACAUGAAGUUACCAAUUUAUUCCGCCGAGCAGAUUCGUUUGUAUCGAACUCGACGCAUUGGCGAACUGCCACCUCAUAUUUUUGCUCUCGCAUGUGCCGCUUUUCAGAACAGCAGAGCCAGCCACCAUGAUCAGUGCAUUGUUAUGAGGUAA